CAGCCACCAUGGCGGGCCGGGAUGUGUUCGUGCUCAUGCCCACCGGCGGCGGCAAGAGUCUCUGUUACCAGCUCCCCGCCGUGGUCAGCAUGGGCAUCACGGUGGUGGUGUGCCCGCUGCUGUCACUCAUGCAGGACCAGGUGCGCGCGCUGUGCAGCCUGCCGGGCGGCGGCGUGCCCACCACCUUCCUGUCCUCGCAGCAGACGCAGGACGAGGUGCUGGCGGUGCUGCGGGAGCUGCGCAAGGAGCGGCCCAGCUGCAAGCUGCUCUACCUGACGCCCGAGGCGCUGGUGAAGGGCAACCGCAUCAAGGACCUGCUGGACCGGCUGCUGCAGCGGGGGAGGCUGGCGCGGUUUGUGAUUGACGAGGCGCACUGCGUGUCCAGCUGGGGUCACGACUUCCGACCCGACUACGCGCAACUGGGGCUGCUCAAG